AUGGACCAGCUCCAAUCGGCCUUCUGGGCGGCACCCCCGGUCUCCAGAACAAUUACAGCUUUGACUUUUAUUCAGUCAGCCCUGGUAUACAGUGGCAUGCUUAGCGGAUAUUAUGUUGUGUUCCUGCCUAGCAAAAUGCUUAAGCUGUUUGUUCCGGAGAUUUGGCGGCUAGCCACUCCAUUCCUACUAACUGGUCCACAACUCAGCUUCUUCUUUGAUCUCUAUUUCUUGUACCACUAUGGUACUGCAUUGGAAACCAGCUCCCCUCGGUUCAGUCAGCCUGGAGAUUUCUUCAUCUUCGUGAUGUUUGUAGCUUUCAACCUCAUGCUUACUGCAGGCUUCCUUGUGGGAAAUAUGAUAUUCACUUCCCCAUUGAUCAUGUCAUUCAUCUACAUCUACGCCCAGGAUAAUCGAGGCCGGAAGACAUCAUUCUGGUUCAUUCAAAUACCUGUGGAAAUGUUGCCAUGGGCAAUGCUGGUCGUUACUCUGGUAUUGGCAGGACCGGCUGCCGUUCUUAGUGAUGCCAUGGGUAUUGUCGCUGCCCAUCUCUAUGACUUCCUCACCCGCAUUUACCCGACGUUUGGUGGUGGCCAAAACUUCAUCUACACGCCAGCUCCAGUCAGGCGGUUUUUGACUAAAUACACCCCAAAUGCUGGAACUACUCGCCCAUACGGUAGCGCUUUUAACCCACGUACUUCCCAACCACCCCCUUCCUCGUCGUCUGGAGGCUGGACGUCCUCAAUUCAGAACCCGUGGAGUAGCCGGGGCGCUGGACGUAGACUUGGUGGUGAUUAA